AUGAGUUUGACCUGUAGCAUUUCUGACCACAAGAUCGAGGCAAACGGCCACGCUCCUAAAGCAUCGCUGGACCUUGGCUCCAAGUCCCAGCCUGCCUCGAAAUGGAAGACCACCGCCCCCGUCAAGGCAACGCCGGAAUCCUUCCUCGACUUACUGGAAGGCCGCACUCCUCUAAUCCACGAACCUGGCUUUCUCUCUGAGGAACUCUGCGCGAAGCUUGAAGCUGCGCUCGAGCCGGAAUUCACCCCGUAUCUGCAUGCCAUCGGCCCCCAGCUAGACAAAGUGGGCGUGGCGCAGUUUGAGUUUCAGGCGCAGAGCGAGGACGACGUGAAGAAUAGAUCUGGUGAUGAGAAACAGCAAUACUUCCAGGCGGUCCGCGAGCUGGGCGACCUGCACGGCAAACUGGGGGAGAAGGUCGGCGUCAACGUCUUCGCCAUGGUCAUGAGCCUGAUCCGCUCCCUCGUGCCCGCCGACUGGGAAGUGUGCCUAGCACGCGAGGACAGCGAGGACGAGCAGUACUUUGCCGGGAUCGUGCGGGGCAUCAACAACGGUACGCCAAUUCACUGCGACUGGGCGCCGUACGACACCCGAACGGAGCCGUGGGCCAUCAGCCGCGUCACUCACCAGGCCGUCUUCAACCUGUGCCUAGCGCCCAUGGAGGGCGGCGGGACGCUGGUCCACGAUGUGCAGUGGACGCCGGACGCGCUGGCGUACCGGGACCCCGACGGCUACGGCUACUUUGAGGGCCUCGUCGAGGGCCGCAAGAAGGCACCGCUGCAGCCGCAGCCAGGCGAUCUGUACUUCUUCAACUCGCGCAACAUGCAUCAGGUCUUGCCCGUGGCGCCAGGGUGGGAGAGGCGGCGGAUGGCGAUGGCGAGCUUCUUUGGCGUUCUGCCGCCGUUGAAGGAGGGCGAGAAGACAAAGCUGGUUUUCUGGUCUUAG